AAGUUCCGGUUGAAGUCGAAGAGGAUCAACUCUUAGCUUUUUCGCCGGUUAAAAGCAAGUCAGCAUGCAGAACGGACACGUGGAGAACCACAGAACGGUCUCCAACAACAACAAGACCACAGAAGUGGACUUGAAUCUGGACUCGGGCAGCAUGGAGGACACGGUGGAGUUCAGACUCAUGAUGGCCUACGCUCAGAGGAGACGGCCAACGAAGGACGCGCAAACAAACUGCAGCGUGGAGGGAAACGUAACGACUCCACCUCAGAUCAAGGCUGAAAAAGACGAGACGCAGGAGAGGAAGAAGAAGAAGAAGAAGUUUGGGAAGCGGCUGUGGACCAUCUUCAGAUGUAUUAAACCUCAGGCUGAUGAGACAGAACCACCACAGCACGGAGCAACAGAAGCAACGGACCAGGACGAAGUCAAAGACAGAUGCUUCGUUCCUCAGGACGAUGUGGCUAAAGAGGAGGACGAGUUCGGCGAGUUGGCGGCUCGGGUGAUGGGGAUCGUUGAUGAAAUCGAGUUAAGCGCCUCAGACUUGGAGAAGGAUGCUAAGGAAGACGACGUGGAGAGGACGGUGGCUCUGCUGCUGAGGGAGACUGGAGACGAACUGGCUGAGAGGUUUAAAGAAGCUAACUUGGGGGUGGAGCUCUUCUUAAACUACAGCUUCUUCAGGGCAGUAAUCCAAACUUUCCUAGAGAGCAUAGGCUUCAGGAGUCGUGACCCGAAUGCUCUGGGGCCACAAGCGUCACCCAAAACCCAAAUCGCAGUGACCUGUGAGAUCACGAGUCGUCUCUCAGCCGUGGACACAAUGGCCUCGAGCCGCCUGCUGAGCUACGGAGCUCUGUUCCUGCAGGAGGAUUACUCGGCCUGGGCUGAGCAGCAGGGCGGAUACGAUGCAGCCUUCAGUGAUGACGAGGUGGACUGAUGAGGAUGUCUCCAUCCAGACGCACAGCGCCUCCCGCUGGCCUACACUGAAACCUGCAUGAAUCUCCGUUCAACUGAUCCGAGCUCAAGAGCUGUGAAAAAUUAAAUCACUCAUUUCACUCAGGUCUGAGCCACGCUCCUGAAACCUCCUGCUGUCGGCUCUUAUCCUGCAGGACCCACAGGAACCUGAGCCAAACACGAGGAAUGGACCAUUAACACCUCAAAGGACCAAAAUUAUUUUAAAGACAAACAAGUGUA